ACCUAAUCUGAGAAACCUGCAAGCGACAGCAGCCCACGGGGUCCUUCGACAGCUUGGCCUGGAGGAGAACACAUGAAAGGAAGAAUCCCAAGAGGCUUUGUGUUCUGUGACAAAGUAUUUCUAUACAGUUGCUCCAAUGACAGAGCUACCUGCGCCCUUGUCCUACUUCCAGAAUGCACAGAUGUCUGAGGACAACCACCUGAGCAAUACUGUACGUAGCCAGAAUGACAUUAGAGAACGGCAGCGUCAUGAACAUAAUGAGAGGCGGCGGCGGGGCAAUCCUGAGCCAUUAUCCAAUGGACAAGCCCAGGGUAACACCCGGCAGGUGGUGGAACAAGAUGAAGAAGAAGAUGAGGAGCUGACGUUGAAAUACGGUGCCAAGCAUGUGAUCAUGCUCUUUGUCCCAGUGACUCUCUGCAUGGUGGUGGUCGUGGCCACCAUCAAAUCAGUCAGCUUUUAUACCCGCAAGGAUGGGCAGCUAAUUUAUACACCAUUCACAGAAGACACUGAGACUGUGGGCCAAAGAGCCCUGCAUUCAAUUCUGAAUGCUGCCAUCAUGAUCAGCGUCAUUGUUGUCAUGACUAUCCUCCUGGUGGUUCUGUACAAAUACAGGUGCUAUAAGGUUAUCCAUGCCUGGCUUAUUAUUUCAUCUUUGCUGUUGCUCUUCUUUUUCUCCUUCAUUUAUUUGGGGGAAGUGUUUAAAACGUAUAAUGUUGCUGUGGACUACAUCACCGUUGCACUCCUGAUCUGGAAUUUCGGCGUGGUGGGGAUGAUCUCCAUCCACUGGAAAGGCCCGCUUCGACUGCAGCAGGCAUAUCUAAUUAUGAUCAGUGCCCUUAUGGCCCUGGUAUUUAUCAAGUAUCUCCCUGAAUGGACGGCAUGGCUCAUCUUGGCUGUGAUUUCAAUAUAUGAUUUAGUGGCUGUUUUGUGUCCAAAAGGUCCACUUCGUAUGCUGGUUGAAACAGCUCAGGAGAGAAAUGAAACACUCUUUCCAGCUCUUAUUUAUUCCUCAACAAUGGUGUGGCUGGUAAAUAUGGCGGAAGGAGAUCCAGAAGCCCAAAGGAGAGUAUCCAAAAACUCAAAUUAUAAUGCACAAAGCACAGAGAACGAGUCACAGAACUCUGUUGCAGAGAAUGAUAAUGGAGGCUUCAGUGAAGAGUGGGAAGCUCAGAGGGACAGUCACCUGGGGCCUCAUCGGUCUACACCGGAAUCACGAGCUGCUGUACAGGACCUUCCCAGCAGCAUGCAGCCGAGUGAGGAUCCAGAGGAAAGGGGAGUCAAACUUGGAUUGGGAGAUUUCAUUUUCUACAGCGUUCUGGUUGGAAAAGCCUCAGCAACAGCCAGCGGAGACUGGAACACAACCAUAGCCUGUUUUGUAGCCAUAUUAAUUGGUCUGUGCCUUACCUUGCUGCUCCUCGCCAUUUGCAAGAAAGCGUUGCCAGCUCUUCCGAUCUCUAUCACCUUCGGGCUUGUUUUCUACUUUGCCACAGAUUAUCUUGUGCAGCCCUUUAUGGACCAAUUAGCAUUCCAUCAGUUUUAUAUUUAGCAUAUUUGCAAUUGGAGUCUCUUGGAUUUUUCUCCUUUGACUGGAAAUCUGGGAAGGGCAAAGGUGAUUUUCCUGUGUCCACAUCUAACAAAUUUAAGACUCCCUGCUGGACUUUCUUCAGCUUCCCUCCAUGCUUUUCUGACCACCUGCAGUAUUGGGCACUGAAAGGCAGGUGUCUACAGAAGAUGGUUUUGAACAUCCUUCGUUGUGAUGGACUGAGUCCCUCGGUGCAAAAACUGCCAGAUGGAGGGGCAGAAACAAGGAAAGAUGAUGGGCCAAGAAGUUCCUGGGUUCCCACCAGCAAUUUGACCCUGGUCACAGGUAGAUUUCACCAACACUAUGGACUCUCAGGACUACCAUCACCAAGAGGUGAAAGGAAGUGGUUUAAACAAAACAAGACUCUUCAUCUUAAACUACAUCUUGAAAAAUCAACCUAAUAUGUCUUUAUUAGUUGAAUUCUGGACCUUUCCAGGAGUUACUGUGAGGAGACAGGCACCAGAGCAAAAUGGAAAGGUUGAGGGGUUCACACUUUUUCGGUUGUUGUUAUAGACUUGUCAUUUGUAGAUAAGACUUUUUACCCCCUUGAGUCACAUCAGACAUACAGGUUGAUUUUGACAGUUUAUGUUCUCAAGCACUGAAACUCCAUUACCAUCUAUGGUUGCCACUUUUCCCAAGGCUAAUUUGAGAUUGAUUUAUCCCAAAGUCUCAACCUCAGAUUCCAAAUUCAGUAGUUUCUGGAAAUA